AUGGGAAAUCUGAUUGACGGAAAAUCUGUUGUAAUUGUAACAGGCAGGUUCAUCUUCUGAUAACAUUAACAUUUUUCAAAAGAAUUUAGGGGCCAGUAGAGGAAUUGGUCGGGAGAUUGCUAUUCAAUUGGCAGAAAAUGUGGCCGAUGGUUCCACUUUUUUGUUAAUUGCUCGAAACUUGGAUGGAUUGAAAGAAACUAAAGCUUUUAUUAACAGGUAUUAAUACUCCAAUAUCAAAACCUUUUUAGAGACAAGGAUCUCAAAAUUGUCUUAAUCCAAUUUGAUUUUGCAUGGGAUGAAGAACUGGACCUUAAAACUAUUCUCCAAGAAUUGGAGGAUGAACGGCCUGUCAUUCUCAUCCAUAAUGCGGGAUGUGUGGGAGAUGUGAGCAGGAAGGCGGACGAGCUCAUGGAUGUCAAGGCGUGGGAUGAACAUUUGCGGAUAAACGUCACAGGGAUGAUUGUGUUCAAUAAUAGGAUUUUGAGUUCUUGUAAAGGGAAGGACGUUUUGUUGGUGAAUAUCACAUCGCUUUUGGCAGUUCAAUCGUUUCCAUCCUUCACACAAUAUUCCGUCUCAAAGGCAGCACGUGAAGCCUACUUCAGAGCCUUGGUUUUGGAAAGACCCGAAAUAAGAGUGCUGAAUUACUCACCCGGUCCGGUUGAGACAGAUAUGAGAAACGAGAUUGCGUCCAGGUAUGAAGUCUUGGCCAAUAAUGGGCAGGUUUCGAGAAACCGUUCAAAUAUCAUUGAUAAAUACUUUGUAAGAAAAGUGUAAUUCGGAAAAAAAGCAUGAAUUGUAAGUGUAAACUUUGAAAAACAGUUUAUUGUUGAAAAACUGUUAAUUUUGAUGUGACACUGCUUGAAGUGCUGUAAUAUUGGCAUUUUUGGCGCUACGACAUUUCGGGUCAGGGACAACUCGGGUCGCGACAACUCGGGUCAACGACAACUCGGGUCAACGACACUUCGGGUCAACGACACCUCGGGUCAACGACAUUUCGGGUCAACGAUGCCGUUUAAUAUUUUCGCUUCGGGACUGGAAAAAAAGAAUUUUUUGGUGAAUUUGAAAAAUUUUUGAAAUGUUUUCGCUUCGGGACUUGAAAAAAAGAAUUUUUUGAAGAAUUUGAACAAAAUUUUUAAAUGUUUUCGCUUUGGAACUUGGGAAAAAGAAUUUUUUGGAGAAUUGAGGUUUAUUUUUUAAAUUUUUUAGGGAAAUAGUGUAUAAGCGACGAGCAAAUAAGAAAAUCGUAUCCAUUGUCUAUGUUUUUAACUGAAAGCACGGGAUUUAAACGCAGACAGUGCCAGAGAGUGGAAUAAGAAGAUAGUCGUAAUGAUUGUAUGCACAUAACGAUUUUUUUAUUUGCUCGUCGCUUAUAAACACCAUUUUCCCAAAAAAAUUUAAAAUAACCUCAGUUACCCCUAAAAUAACUAUUUAUCUAAAAAAUUAAAGAAAUAACAUUCGUACCUUAUAAAAAAUAAAAUUGUAACAUUCAGAACAAAAAAAUCCUUUUCCCACGUCCGGAAGCGAAAACAUUUCAAAAAUUUGUUCAAACUCUCCAAAAAGUUCUUUUUUCCAAGUCCCGAAGCGAAAACAUUUCAAAAAUUUCUCAAAUUUACCAAAAAAUUCUUUUUUCCAAGUCCCGAAGCGAAAAUAUUAAACGGCAUCGUUGACCCGAAAUGUCGUUGACCCGAGGUGUCGUUGACCCGAAGUGUCGUUGACCUGAGUUGUCGUUGACCCGAGUUGUCGCGACCCGAGUUGUCCUUGACCCGAAAUGUCGGGACGCGGCAUUUUUUUGUAAAAGAGUCAAAAGUAUUAUUUUUUUAUUUCAAAAUGCGACGGUCAGAUUUUCUUUAAAAUAGGGGUACGCGGAGAGCGGUCAGAGAAAAAGGGUAACUGAAUAUUCGGGUGAUGCGCACUCGGGUGGUGAAAAUUCGGGUGAGCGCACUCGGGUGAUCGCUUAUUCGGGUGAUGCAAACUCGGGUGGUGAAAAUUCGGGUGAUGGAUUUUUGGGGUGGGUGAAUAUUCGGGUGAUGAAGAAAAUAUUGUAUUGAUGGUUAAUAAAUAUACUGUAACAUUAUUAAAAAUUUUUAAGUUGAAAUUUUUGGUUUUCGAGCAUAAGGCAUCCAAAAAUGAAGUCCGUUUCGCUCGAAUAGCAAUGCCAACACUAUUAUUAUCGUAGUAAAGGAUUGUAAAAUCAAAUACUACUGAUGACGCAAAAUUGUAAAUAAUUUUAAAAAAAACUUUUUCAUCGGUUUUUUGGGGCUUUUGACAAUGGAGAAUUAAAAAUUCGCCAAAAGGUCGGGCAUUAAUAUUCGAGCGAAACGGACUUGAUUUUUGGAUACCUUAUGCUCGAAAACCCUAAAAAUGAAUAAAAAAUCGGAAAUUUCCACUUAAAAAUUUUUAAUAAUGUUACAGUAUAUUUAUUAACCAUCAAUACAAUAUUUUCUUCAUCACCCGAAUAUUCACCCACCCCAAAAAUCCAUCACCCGAAUUUUCACCACCCGAGUUUGCAUCACCCGAACAAGCGAUCACCCGAGUACGCUCACCCGAAUUUUCACCACCCGAGUGCGCACCACCCGAAUAUUCUCGACCCCAGAGAAAAAAGCACUUUGGCCUUUUUUCCUACUUUUAGACGGGACAUACCUCAAAAAAUCCGGAAAAUUGUGCCGUUCAAAGAUAUGUAAAAAUUUGCUGCCUAAUAUCGGGUUUAUUGGUUGAAAAUGCCCAAAAACGCGCUAAUUUUCCCUACAACUAGGCACAGGCAUUGCAAGCGAUAAAAAACAUGGUCGGUCUCUUCCUCCGAAGAGAGCGAUGUGGCCGAGUGGCUAUUGCGGAAGUCUGUGAAUCAAGGGGGUGGACACCUCACGGGUUCGAUUUCCCUUUUGGCUUUGAAUCAAGGUCUGGAAAAUAAAUUUAUGUGCCAAGAUCAUUCCGAUGUAAUACUGUUAGAAAUGUGUUCAAAACUAUUCCUUCGACAUUACACUUUUAAAAAUUUUACACUUACAUUUUUACACAAGUUUGUGAAUAUAGCGACACUCCUAACAGUGUACAUCAAAAUUAACACUUUUUCAAAGUCACAGUACAUUGAAAAAUUUACACGCAAUUCACACCUUUUUCCGAAUUACACUUUUUUGCAAAGAUAUAAGGGGAUGAUUUUCGAACGGAAUAUCCCCAGACCGGUUUUGUCCCCAGGACGGUUUUUUCCCCGAUAUUUUAUUUUUGAUAAUUGUUUGACCAGCAAAACCACAGCCAGAUUUUUCUAAUGGCUAGCCAAUAAACUGGAUGGGAUAUUCCAUUCGGCUAUCUUUUGUCGUGGCCUCACAGCUAUUCAGCUAUUCUGACACUUUGGCGGGCCGAUCCAGGUUUUUGACUAGCCAUUCUAAAAUAUCGACCAUAACUCCUGCGCUUUGAUACCCAUUCCAACCUUUUAGCUAGCUAUUUUUGUGACUUCAAAGCAAGUAUGACACAUUGGCUGGCCAAUCCAGGUUUAUGGCUAGCUGGUCAAACAAUUUUCAAAUAUAAAAUAUUGAUCUGGGGACAAAAUCGUCCUGUGGACGAAACUGUCUAGGGGAUAAAAACAUCCAUUACGAUUCGGACGAGUUUUCGAAAUGUGCCCAUUAUGGACGGACACGGCACGUAAAAUCGAAAUUGCGAGAGAGGGAACUCUUCACGCUGACUUUUCGUCAUAGGUAAGGGGUCCGAGGAUUUUUUUGCCAAUUUGGAAAAGUCAGGCCUUUUUUGACUGAUCCCCAAUUUGGUCCUUUAUGGGAAGAUUUCUGAAAUCGUUGCAAAUAGUGUACUAGUGCAGGAAAAAAGUCCACGGAAUGGAUGCACUACGCUGUUCGCGCGUGCACUGUGCAGUUAUCGGCCCGCACAAUGCAAAUUAUAGGGUGAGCGCGACGGAAUUGGGGGCACAGUGCGAAAGGACGUCGCACAGUGCAAUAAAUUGAGUUUCUUAGUCCCUUGCAGAGAUUGCCACGGUCAAAAUUUCGGCUCCGGCUCUUAGCUCCCAGAGCCGGAGCCGAGGCCAAAUUUGCAGCUCCGGCUCCCAUGAAAAAUUUAACAAGGAAAGUACUUUUAUGGGGGCUCCUACUUUUUGACGGGACAUAUCUCAAAAAAUCAGAAAAAAUGUGCUGAUCAAGGAUAUAUAAAUCUCAGCUGCCCAUUUUAGGUUUUUAGGGGUGAAAACUCAAUCGGAAGUUGACUUAAAGUCCUAUAUGAACCCCUUUUCGCUUCAUUUUUCACAGGUUUACAAUUUUUAUUUUGGCUUAAAAUGAUGUUUAUUCAGUUUCUUAGACGUAAUAAGACAGUCUGGUCCCAAAAAUUAAUUUUUCCGACCUUCAACUUCAAAAAAAGUUGAUUCAGCCCAAAAGGGAAAUCGAACCCGUGCGGCGUUCCCCUCUUGAUUCCCAGACUACGACGCUAACCACUCGGCCACACCGCUCUUCCGAAGGAAGAGACCGAGUGCGCGUUUUAUUGUUUCGAAUGCCUGCCCUUUUGUAGGGAAAUUAAGCCAGUUUUUUGGAAUUUUCACCCCUAAAAACCUAAAAUGGGCAGCUAAGAUUUAUAUAUCCUUGAUCAGCACAUUUUUUCUGAUCUUUUGAGAUAUGUCCCGUCAAAAAGUAGGAGCCCCCAUAAAAGUACUUUCCUUGUAAAAAGGUCUCCGGCUCCGAAUCCCGGUUCCCGUGCAAAAAAAUUUAAAAAUAUAUUUUUCCAAAUAAAAAGUUAUUAGUGCCAGAGAUCAUACAGCCAGCGGAGGUUUAACGUAAACGUUUUUGCAGCCAAGUCAUAUGCAAAACAUCCUUCUGAGUAUUUUUCAAGCUAUUUGGUUUAACAUUUUUUUACUUUUCUGAAGGCUGAGAAGCCUGGCUCCGACUUUGGGCUCAGGAGCCGGAGCCGCUCCUAAAAUUACCGGCUCCGGAGCCGUGGCAAUCUCUGAUCCCUUGUUAGGACGAAAAGCCAAGUUGAAGAGUUGGUUCCCUUCUCGAUUUGCAUGAUGGAAUUAGUUAAAGAUCAUAUUUUAGGAGUUAUUCACUAGAGAUUCGGAAGGCGUUCUCUUCCACCGAGAAGACAGAUGUAAGUCGAAGCGUUCUCACAACAAAGGAAACCGUAAGCAAAUUAAUCUUCAUCCUCAAAACAAACAAAUUCGAGAAUGGAGCCAGGAUCGACUAUUUUGACGACCAGAUGGCAGACUACUAA